CAAAACGAGAUGAUGAGAUGGCUAAGAUUAUAGCUGUAGAUGGAGAAAAGACUACACCUCAUUGUGCACAGACCGAAAAAUAAUAAUAUGGAAGCAGGAGAUAUUAGCUGAUCGGUCAGAUAGAUAGGAGGACAUUCAGGAGGAAGCCAGGCCUGUGUAAUCUCCUUUCGAGUUAUCAUCCACUGGUUUACACUGACCUAAGUUCUGUAGGUCAGAAAGAAUGGACAGAGAUGGAAUGUUUGAUGUCUUCUACAUUGAUUUGAACUCUUACAUGUUUCUAUUACAGCCUUCAAACCUCGGAUUAUGACAGACAGAAUAUGACUGAACAGAAUAUAACCCAAGAAGUUAACACGAACAACAGCGAGACUGUGAAACUGACUCUUUUACUUAUAACCACUUGUAGCUUUGUGGUCUUCUUCUAUAUCAUGGCUGUAAUGAUGAGAAUCUACUUUACCAACUCUUCUGCUCGUGAAGAAGUCCGCUACGUCCUAUUUGCCCACAUGCUCAUCACUGAUGUAGUAUAUCUGUUCUUAAGCUUGUUCCUUUUCACAAUUUCAUUCUACCCUGUCUCCUUCCCGGUACCAUUUUGCUACAUUGUAAUCACUGUAGCCUCAACAUCUUUUAAGGUCACCCCAUACAACCUUGCUCUCAUGUCCUUGGAGCGCUAUAUAGCCAUAUGCUUCCCACUAAGACACAGUGAAAUUUGCACUUUUCGAAGAACCAUUAUUGCGAUCGGAGUAAUAUGGGCAAUCGGUUUCAUCCCUAAUUUAGUUGACUUAGUUGUCUUGAGUGUAUCCGUAGAUCGUAGUUUUUUCUUACUGCAUGUGAGAUGUGUACGGUCAACCCUCCGCUUCACUGAAGUGCAAAACACCAUCAGAGAUUUUGUCUACAUCACAACUUUUUCCUUAGUGGGACUGAUCAUCAUUUUUACCUACAUCAGGAUCAUGGUGGUUGCCAUGAAGGUUGGUUCUGGAAAGGCAUCUGCAGUAAAAGCUGGAAGAACAGUGAUACUCCACGCGCUUCAGUUGUUGCUAUGUAUGUCCACUUUUGUCUAUGUCUUACUAGAGAAGAUACUGAAAGAAUAUAUUACUAUUAUGAUACUGGCAAUUAACUUCUGCUUUUUCCAAUGUCUUCCAAGGUUUCUCAGUCCUAUCAUAUAUGGACUGAAGGAUGAACUUUUCCAUAAACAGAUGAAAACAUUUCUGUUCUGCAAAGCCCAAAAAUGUGGCACUAUUUAA